AUGACGAUCGCUGCUGCUGGCGGCUCCGUCGCCGUCCUGCCGCACUCCCCCGCCCCCAUUCUCCCCGUGGCUGCCGCCACAGGCCUGCUAUUCUCUUGUCUACUCAUAACAGUAAACAGAACAGCUCCUGACCCCUACAUGGACGAGAUUUUCCAUAUCUCACAAGCCCAGAAGUACUGUGAAGGACGAUUCGAUGAAUGGGACCCCAAGAUCACAACAUUUCCCGGACUGUAUUUAGUGUCAACGCUGUACGCAAAACUUGCUUCGACGUUCAAUACGGACGACUUCUGCUCUGUAGCAGUACUGCGAAGUGUGAACGUGUUAUUUGCGGUGGGGAACGUCGUACUGUGCGCGUCGAUCAGACACCACGUGGCGCCACUAGACCCCCAUGCACUUCUGCAUGCACUGCGCAUUGCAGUGCUCCCACCGCUAUUUUUUUUUACCUUCUUGUUUUACACGGACGGAGGGGCGACGUUCUUUGUGCUAUUGAUGGCGCUGCUGGCGGAGAGGGUGGACCUGUUGCAGUAUCCACCAGCGAGAGGAAGCUUCAUGCUCAGCGCCUUGAGUGGAGCGGUGGCGGUGCUUUUCCGUCAGACGAACAUCGUCUGGGUGGUCUUUGUGGCUGGCACUGUUGUGGUUCGCUGUGUGGAGCUUGCUCACUCAAAAUUCAUCUACGGCUCUCUUCGCGUGUUCCUCAACUUCAUCAGCGUCUUGAUCUCCAAUCUCCCGUCCAUUCUUCUGAUCGUGUGGCCGUUCGUCAUCAUCGUGGCAGGCUUUGUCGGCUUCCUGUUGACGAACGGUGGCAUCGUUGUGGGGGAUAAAGCCAAUCACGAGAUGACGUUCCAUGGAGCCCAGGUGCUGUACUUCAUUGUAGUGGCAGCAUCUGGCUUCGGACUCAGCCUCAUCGCGCCUCGCAAUCUCAAGAGAUUCUUCGGCUCGGUCCGCCGGAAUGCUGGCUCGUUGCGAGGUGCUCUCUUCAUGAUUUUUGUGGCUGUAGUGACCAUCGGGGUCAUAUACCGCUUUAGCCCCGUGCACAAGUUCAUGUUGGCAGACAAUCGACAUUACACGUUCUACGUGUGGCGGAAAUUCUUCCUGAAGCACAAGAUGGCCAAGUUUCUCCCUACACCGCUGUACUUGUUUUUCGGUUGGCGUUGCUGGGAUGAACUCGGUCGGAGACGCUCGUCGCUGUGGAAACUUGUCUACGCGCUCGCUGUGUGCUUGGUCCUCAUUCCAUCACCUCUUGUCGAUGAGGUUGCUCUGGAAACUUACCUGCCACGUGUGUUUGGAUAG